AUGUUAUUGCUUUUAUCCUUAAAACCGAAAUUGGAUUUGUUAAGAAUUAUCCGUUACUUUAUUAUUUUUACCGUUACCGUUGCCGUUAUUAAUUUGCAAAAAAUCGGCGGGGGUAACCUUUUCGAAAUAUUCGUUAUAACAAUUAAAAAAUUCGGUAACGUUAUUGUAAAAUUAAACGUAAAUAUUUUAAUAAAAUCGAACGUUUCGCGAGCACGGGCGAAACCGCCCGGCAAAAAGCGGGGAGCGUUAAAUGCACGGGCGAAACCGUUCGUAAUUAAAAGCGAUAUCGAAUACAAAAAACAUUUUAAUAAAAAUGUUAGCAAUAAUAAUAUUGCGGCGAAUUUUAAUUUUGGAAUUUUCCGCAAAAUAACGGAAAAGCUUUACCGGGGCCGGGGUAUUGUCCGGGAAAUACGCUUUGCAAACGGUUUUAAAUUUAGCGUAAGCGCGGCGUUCGUAUUAAAAAAAUUAAACUUUCCAAUCCUAUCCAAAGUAUUAAUAACGCACCGAAAACUUAAACGUUUAAACGUAAUGCUUUUUACGCAAUAUAUACAUUUUUUCGAUUUAAAAUUUAAAUUAAAACAAUUUAUUAACAAAAUAUUUGGAAAAAUAAAAUUAAAAAAAAUAACGAAAAGGAUUUAUUAA